AUGCCACGCUCCUUUUUGGUGAAACAGCCGAAGGUUCACGAUGUCUCAUCCUCCACCUACUACCAUCAACACCAGCACCACUGGGACAACGCUUACACUGUGACACAUGCCAUCACUGAGUCAGCCACCAACUUGGCGGUGCGUUUGAGUGAAAAUGGUUACAUCCAGGAUUACAUCAUCCCCUCAGUGUUGCAGAGCACAAAAGAGCCAGGCUGUGGGCAGACUGGCCUCUUCUCAGGGGCCCUGUACUCCCCAGGUGGCAGCAGUGGGGGAGAGUUCUCUGACCAUGACAUGGAGCGUCCAGACAGCCCAGUCUCCACCGCCACAGUUGAGUCAGACAGUAGCGGCCCUGAGUUGGAGGAGUGCCCCAUCAAUGACUUCCUCAUCUCUGACGGCCGCUCCCGCUGGAGACCCAGCCAGCGAUGUCCACGCAAAGGAAACAGCCAAUCAGACAGCAGCAAGGGCGUCGGCCUGGGAGACUGCAGCCCUGUCAAAGGGAAAACCAAAGGGCGCCACAUGUGUUGUGACUGUGGCAAGUCUUAUGCAACGUCCUCCAAUCUGAGCAGACACAAGCAGACUCACCGCAGCCUGGACAGCCAGCAGGCUAGGAAGUGUCCCACCUGCCACAAGGUGUACGUGUCCAUGCCGGCGCUGGCCAUGCACAUGCUGACGCAUGACCUGAAGCACAAGUGCACGGUGUGCGAUAAAGCCUUCAGUCGGCCCUGGCUCCUGCAGGGCCACAUGAGGUCCCACACCGGAGAAAAACCCUUUGCCUGUGCACACUGUGGCAAAGCCUUCGCUGAUCGCUCCAACCUGCGCGCCCACAUGCAGACUCACUCAGCCUUCAAGCACUAUUCCUGCAAACGCUGCCACAAAAGCUUUGCACUCAAGUCCUACCUGAACAAGCACUACGAGUCAGCCUGCUUCAAAGGGCACCCAGGAGAGGACGACUGCAGCUCUGAAGACUGA